AUGGCGUCUCGAGGGUUUCUUGUUGCCGACAACAACAUUCGGCCGCCUCGGCGCCCUGUUCGAUAUGUAGCUUCAAAGCAAACCAAACCGACCAGAAGAAAGAAAAAGAAGCCAGAGUGGGACAACACAGUACAAGAUCUCACCGUGCACAAGGCCACUAAAGAGGAACAGAUAAGGAGACAUGAAAUUCAUCUAUCUAAGAAUGCAGGCAGUGUACAUUUACAUGGUAAAUCCAGAGACCAAAGCCUAGACUCAACCACUCAAACUCCAGACACAGUAGAAAGACGCAAGCUGGCCAUCGUUCAGGAGGUCCUGUAUGGUCAAGAUAAGUUCCAUGAUGUGUUAUCAGAAUCAGACAAGACGAUGUCAGUUGUAAAAGAUUUGUUUGGUGAUGAUCCAAAGAAGUAUAUGGGAUUUCCUAACAUUACUGUUGCCCCAAGAAAUCUUUUGAUUGGCAAAGAAAACAAACUUCCAGUUGGUCCUGUGGCUGAAAUGCCUGAAACUCCAACACAUCUUUCUUUACUGAGUGACUCCAUCAUGAGGACACCAGCACUAAAUGAACUCCCAGAUCAUGACAAAGAAGAUUAUGAGUCAUCCCCAAGGACACCGCCAUCUGACCAGGAAAGGAUCACCUUUCAACCUAUGCUUGAUGUUCAAAGAUUCCGCCAAUAUGUGGCUGAAGAGCAAAGCAGACAAGCAGGACACUCAAUACCCACAGUACCGACAGGUAGUGGGGUGGACCAGGAGCCACCAACAUCUAGUAGUACUGAUGGGCAAGUUACCACUCCUGGUGAAGAGGAUUCUGUGCCACUCCAAGAUGGACAUGGCACUGAUCAAGUGUUUGCACAUGGUAGGGUGCUUGCUGAACAAGAUUCUGGAAGUCAGCCUCCUUCCUUUUUAAGUCAGGAUUCAUCAAGAACUGUGAUUGCAGGAGGGCCUAAUUUUGUGAAACCAGUGUCCAUAGGAGAACCAACUUCAAGGGACCUGAUUCCACCACAUGUAGGAGACCAAUCAAUAAGAGGAGCAGGGACUGGUCCUCAGGGGUCUGGCAAAGUGAAGACAAAAACUAGUCACAAACAAGCAUCAAAUUCAUUUUCAAGUGGUAUACGAAGCCUGGAUGACUUAAAGAAGAUGGUGGAAGAACUGGAAGGUGAAGUAGCUGCAUAUGAAGAUGAAACAGGGCGACUGCAAACUAAGUUACCUUCGCUAUCAUCCACUGGAAGUUUUAGUGGUUACACUGCAUCGCUCAUAACUGCUGUCACCAAGUUGAUGGGGUACUUGAAAGAGAGUGAGGUUCAAAGAAAGGCAGAAAUGGUCAUGAGAGAGCAAGUACUACAGGGAUUUGAAGAACAAAGGGCUUUGGUUGAUGCUCUGACUAAUGAUAUUCUUCACACUCAAGAACAAAACCAAGCAUUGCAACAUGAACUGUUUGAGUAUAAGAAAAAUACAGAUGAGCAACUGCAGUACUUGAAGAGAGAAUUGUUUGCUGUGUUGAGAAGCUAUGAAUAUCAAGCUCUCUCUAGCAGUAUCAAUACCUUGUACAGCUUGAACCCUGUGGCUUUAAAGAAAGGUGGUUUUGAUGCCCUAAAUUCAAUGGGUGAAGAAAAUCACAAUUUGGAAUAUUUACCAGGUGCUCCAGUCAGUCAAGCACAUGAGAAGGGGGAGCAAAAAAGUGUUGGAAAUGACAAAGGCCAAGGAUUGUCAACAAACACCAGAAAUGGACCUUCAUUCAUACCUCUUGCUACGCCAAUAGAUCCAAAUUUGAUGCAGUGUUCCACCACAGAGGUUUCCUCCAUGUCUCAAACUGGGCUUAUUCCAUCCGCAUAUCAAAAUUCUGGGUCAACUCAAGUUGGUGAUGGGAUUCCAAGCCACAGUGAGUUAAGCUCCAACAUUGUCAUGUACCCACCAAGUCAAGUUACCUUCACACAAGCUGCAAGGAGGGAAGGAUCUGCGGCCAGGCCUUAUAUGGUUUCACCUGGCAUCCCUGGUGAGCCCAAUAGUGCUCCAGGUAAUCUGCCACCCCAUACUAGUACCUCCUCUGGAGUGGUGCACACAGGAUUCUCCAUGAAUCCUUCUUAUAAUCCUAGGCAACAUCCUCAAAGACAGCCCACUAUUGACAGUGCCAUGGAACCAAGGCCUGGUGGCACACAAGUAUUUCCAGCACAAGGUCAUCCACAAGUGAUUCAAGGACUGCAGCCUGAAAUUGCCAAAGGCAUGGGCCCAAGGCUUGGAGACCCACAAGGGUUUUCAGCACAAAGUCAUCCUCGAACCAACCAAGGACUGCAUCCAGUAUUUAGCAAUGCUAUUAAACAUGGACAUGCUGCUCCACCAGCAUUUUUAAGACAGGGAAAUUCACAUGUUCAAGGACCUUCUGGUCAGACAGCAACUGUCAAUGCUGUGAGACUAUUGCCAGGUGGUCCUCAAGGGUCUUUCAAACAACCUCAGGAAGGCUCUCUAAUAUCUUCCCAGGCAGCACCUACUGGGCCGGCAGUAACUUCCACUCAAACUGUGGGUGUUUUACACCAUCAACAUCAGCCUCCUCAUCAAGGCCUUAGCCAACCAAACACAAAAGCAGAACGCAUGUCAAAACCUAAAGUUUUUGCACCAGUGACUAGGACUGCAUUUGAUGGACUUCCUGCCAACCAUCAGCUUAGGGAACGACUUCAGAACAUGGCUAACAGGCAGAAGGGUUUGAUAGCCAGAAAUAGUGAACAAAAUGAUGGAAAUGUGCAAGAUUUGGAAGGUCAACAACCACGCCCAACCUCUCCCCACGUGCACUUCCAGGAACCUCCAGUGGCUGUGAAGGGACAAGACAAGGUUGAACCCAGACAUGAACAAGUUUCUCCUCCAUUGUCACCCAUUCCACAUUGGAAUCCAACUGUUAAGAGAACCUCAGCUCCCCCUGACAAAAGAGUUGUCAUUAAUCUACCAAAUGCUUGGUCUGAUGUCUCAUCAACAAUUUCCUUGUGAAAUGAGAGCUUUUAUAAAGACUGUUG